GAGAAAAACUGAGGUGUCUGCAGGCAGUUGUGUGCCUGAGUGUGGUGUCAGCAUUGCCGCAAGUCCGGCACUGUCUGGCAUUUCUGUUAUGACUUUCUCCAGCGAAGUGAGCAGCGGUUCAGCGGCAGAACCAACAGUGGCUAAUGGCAGAAAGCGUGUCAUUUCUUCCGGCACUUGUAUGUCGAAGAAAUUCAAGAGCUUCGAUGCUAGCGAGGUCAGUUUGGACCUACAGUUUGUUAGCACGUCGAGAAAGGAAGAGCUGGUUUUCCGUCCCCUUAGCAUAGAUGUCUGUCGAGUGUUGUGUAGUAAGUUAAACGUUGACUGCGUGAAGGUUGGUAGUGCAGUAUCCACAGAGGUGGGGUUGUUGGGUGUUCCUUGUAGCAAAGAUAGGAUUGUGGCUGAUGGUAACUGCUUCUUCAGAGCCAUCUCUCAGGCUGUGAGUGGUUCUCAGAAGCACCAUCGCAGGAUCAGGCUAGCUGUGUGUAAAGAGUUACAGAGGAAUGCAGACAGAUAUCAGAGUCUUUUGAGGAGUGAGUACUCCUCUGUGUUAGAGUACAUUGAGCAGUCCAGAAUGAGACGUGUGAGCAGUUGGGCCACAGAGGUGGAGAUUCAGGCGACAGCCGAUUGGUUAGGCAUUAGUGUGUUUACGUUCCAUGAUGGACGUUGGUUGAGGUAUAGCUGUAGUAGUCAGCCUUUGUCGGUAGAGUGUGUGUACUUAGAGAAUAUUAGGGGACAGCAUUUUGAGAAUGUGGUUUGUGUGUUUAAGCCUGGACUGCAUAGUUGCUUUGAGUACUGUAAAGUUAGGGAAGUGGCAGGUUAUAGCAUUAGGUCUAGAAUGAUGGAUGUUUUAGAUAGUGACAACACAGCGGUUAGGUAUAGUAGUGAUGUAGUAGGUUCUAUUGUGGGUGUAGAGGAUAGUGACAAGGUUGUGGAGGCUGCUAGGGAGUUAGUGUCAGUUAGAAUGUCAGGGAAGUCAAAGUAUCUUCGGCAGAAACAAAGGAAACAGGAAAAGUUUAAUUUGUCGCUUAGGGAGAAACGUCAAUUGAGAAUUAGGAAGACAUAUCAAGGAAAUGUGGUGUUCAGGGAAAAGGCAAAGGUGUGGAGUGUAGGGAAUUAUUGUAAGAAUUUAGCCCACAGAGAGAGGGUUAAAAAGCUGAGUGUUAGUAAAUACAGAGAAAGCAUUGAACACAGGGAGAGAGUGAAGGCUAAGAGCUUGGGCAAAUAUAGGGACAGUGUCGAGCAUAGGGAGAGAGUAAAGGCCAGGAGUUUUGUCAAAUAUAGGGACAACAUUGAGCACAGGGAGAGAGUAAAGACCAAGAGUUUUGUCAAAUAUAGGGACAACAUUGAGCACAGGGAGAGAGUAAAGACCAAGAGUUUUGUCAAAUAUAGGGACAACAUUGAGCACAGGGAGAGAGUAAAGACCAAGAGUUUUGUCAAAUAUAGGGACAGCAUUGAGCACAGGGAGAGAGUAAAGGCCAAGAGUUUUGUCAAAUACAGGGACAGCAUUCAGCACAGGGAGAAAGUUAUAGAAAGGAGUAAGAGUAAGUAUCAUGGUAGUGUAGAGCAUAAGCAGAAAGUUAUUUCUGGGGUGAAGUUAAGCAGGAAGCAGAAGGUGGAGAAGGCAGAAGAUUUUGCUUUUGUUAUGGAUCACUUUUUGGCAAAGGUCAGAGAUGGACCAGAUUUUGUGUGCUGUGUUUGUCAUAGGUUGUUGUUUAGAUUUCAGGUGGUGAGUUGUGCAAGGGAAGUUUAUAGGCGAAGUUCAGCAACAGCUGCUAUUGCAGAUAGGUGUAUAGGCGAGCAUUAUUUGCACAGAUGUAAUGAGGAGUGUGUUGUGCCGUGUUCCUUGGUGUCAUCGCGUGGUCAGCUUUGGAUUUGUUUCACGUGUCAUGGUAAGCUUAGUGCAGGUGAGAUGCCAGCUGAAUGCUGGGUUAAUAACUUGGCACUUGAUCCCAUUCCAUCUGAACUGGGAUGUCUGAAUAGUUUAGAGCAGCAUUUGAUAGCGUUGCAUAUUCCAUUUAUGAAAAUGUUGGCACUGCCUAAAGGGGGGCAGAAUGGAGUACAUGGACCAGUGACAUGUGUUCCAGCCGACAUUGUUCAGACGACGAAUGUGUUGCCGCGUUCAAGUAUGGAAGGGUCUCUGCUUCAGGUUAAGCUGAAGCGGAAACUCACGUAUAAAGGCUAUUAUGAGUACCAGUUUGUUGAUACGUUGCGUGUAAGACAGGCGCUAGAAUAUUUGAAGAGGACAAAUGUGCAUUAUAGGGAUAUAGACUUUAAUGACGAGUGGGUUAAUGAGUUUGUUAGGCAGGAAGAUAGGGAGAAGGAAGAGGCCGAGUCAGGCAGUGAGGAUGAGGCUGAGGUUAGGUCACGUCAGGACAGAGGUCAGGGUGAAAUUGGUGAUGUACAGGAAUCAGCAGACAUAGGACAGGAUGAACUGUUACAUGACAGACAACAACACUGCAUGUUUCAGGACACUUGUCUUAUGCCUGUUGAUAUUGGUCAGGAAGCUUUAGAUCAGUAUUUUAAGGAUAUUUUGAACAUUGCGCCUGCAGAAGGGAAUAGUCCGGUAAGAAUGCUUUCUGACCACACGAAUGAGGCAAAGUGUUUCCCUGUGUUGUUCCCUGCGGGUGAUAAGACCUUCCAUGACGGACGGUCUCAUCACUUGACGUUGUCGCGUUAUCUUAAUAACCGGAUUAUGCAUGCCGACGGUCGUUUUGCGCGGAACGUCGAGUACAUAUUUUUUGCGCAGUACAUGUCAGAGUUGGACAGGGUUGUGUCCAGUGUUUCCAUCGCUUUGCGUAAGGGCAAAGGAGGUCAGAGGCCUCAACGCAUUACUGAGGACAUGUUAACGGAUGCGGACGCCUUGAAGCAGUUGUUGGCGUGUGAUGACGGGUUUAGGUUUCUUAAACCCAUUAGAGGAACUCCGGCCUUUUGGCAGUCUGUCCAGAAGGACGUGAUGGCUUGCGUGCGUCAAUUGGGUAUUCCGACGUGGUUUUGUUCGUUUUCGUCUGCGGAUAUGCGCUGGCAGAAUCUCCUGACCAGCAUCCUGAAACAGGAAGGCAGAUCGCAGACGGUAGAGGAUUUGGAGUGGGCUGACAGGUGCGAGUUGCUGCGUCGUAAUCCGGUCACCGCGGCGAGGAUGUUUGACUACAGGUGGCAUUGUUUUCUGAAAGAGGUUCUCAUGUCUCCCUGUCAACCAAUCGGCAAAAUAAUCGAUUACUUUUAUAGGGUAGAAUAUCAACAAAGAGGCUCACCACAUGUACACUGUUUGUUUUGGAUCGAGGGUGCUCCCCAAAUUGAUAGAAACACAGAUGAGGAGGUGGUAAAAUUUAUUGACCGUUAUGUUACAUGUGAGCUACCCUCAGAUGAUGACACACUAUUGGACACGGUGUCAUCUGUUCAAACACAUUCCAAACGACAUUCAAAGUCGUGUAGAAAACACAAAACGACAUGUCGUUUCAAUUUCCCAAAACCUGUUUCUGCGCGGACAUUCAUUUGUAGAAUGUUAGAAUGCAAGUGUGAUAAGAAAAAGACAGCGGAGACCGAACCUGGUUCAGAAAACAGGCCAGUCUGUAAGUGUUUUGAGGAUAGAGAUAAGAUGCCAGAAAACGUUGCGCAGGCUAUUCUAACAGCUGUUAAGCUGGCUGUGGACAGUGAUGUGCCUCCUGUUAGUGUAGAGGACUUGUUUUGUGCUUUAGGAAUAAAUCAGGAAAUCUUCGAGUUGGCUUAUAGGCGUUUAGAGAAGAGGCAUAAGGUUGUGUAUAGGAGAGGGGUGAACGAGGUUUGGGUCAAUCAGUACAGUAAGCAGUUGUUGAAGUGCUGGAACGCUAACAUGGACAUUAGCUUUGUCACCGACGCCUACGCAGUAGUAAUAUACAUACUAUCGUAUAUUACGAAAGCAGAGAGAGAAAUUGGCCUAUUAUUGACUAAUGCCCAAAAAGAAGCCAAAACACAAGGGAAUCUCUCUGCUAAAGAAGCCCUGCGGAAGCUGGGCAGUGUAUAUUUACACAACAGAGAUGUUUGUGCGCAGGAGGCGGUGUACAGGCUAACGAACAUGCACCUUAGGGAGUGUUCCAGGAAGGUUGUGUUUGUGCCGACAGGGAGCAAGAUAGUUAGGAUGAGUUUGCCCCUUAGUGUUUUGAGGCAGAAGGCGGCCUCCCGUGAUCUUGGGGAGGAUGAGAUGUGGAUGACAGGCAUAGUGGAUAGGUAUAAGAAUAGGCCUAACAGCGAUGUGUUUGCAAACAUGUGUAUGGCCACCUUUGCAUCUGAGUAUCGUGUUCUCAGCAAAAAUGAAAAGUCUAAGGACAGAAUUCAAUUGAACAAUGAUUUGGGAUUCAUUCUGAGGAGAACACGCACUCAGUUUGCAGUGGUGCGGUACAUGCGUUUCAGUUUGGAUAGACAGGAAGAGGCACAUUUUCAGAGCCUGCUGCAGUUGUUUCUUCCUUAUAGAACUGACUCAGACCUCAAACCUGCAGGCUUUGAGCUGUUUGAGCAGUUCUAUAACGAUGGCCAGGUGACGUUUAGCGACGGGUCUGUGCAUUCGGUUCGCGAUGUCGUCGGCGAGAAUAGGGCCAGGUUUGAGGUCAAUUGUCCUCACCUUGAGUUAGCUCAGGAGAUAGCUGCGCAGAACAACGGGGUAGAUGAAGAUGUUUGGGGUGAGCUGUGUCCUGAACAGGAAGCGGAACGCCUAGAAGAUUUAGAGGAGCAGAGGCAGCAGCGGGAAGCUGAGAUAGCUGAGGAACAGUUAGUUGAAGCGAUGGAGAAUGUUCCAGAUUUGAUUGUUGGUGGCAGACAGGUAGCGCAGGUAGAGAGAAACAGGUCCACGUUGUCUAGAAGUGACGGUUUGGCGCUUAUUAGGUCUCUGAAUGAGACACAGCUGGCUGUUUUUUAUAAAGUGAGACAGUGGUGUUUGCAGAAGGUGAUGGGUAAAAACCCAGAGCCUCUGCGUGUAUUUGUCACAGGUGGCGCAGGAACGGGGAAAAGUCAUUUGAUUAGGGCUAUUGAGUAUGAGGCAGGGAGGCUGCUGUCAACACUUUGUGAUCAACCAGACGAUAUCUGUGUUUUGUUAACUGCUCCUACUGGCAUAGCUGCAUACAAUUUGAAUGCAGCAACAAUUCAUCACACAUUGAGUAUUGGCAAACAGGCUAGUUUACCUUACACCCCUCUGGGUGAAGAUAAACUAAACUCUUUGCGAGCUAAAUUGAGUCAGGUCCAAAUUUUAAUCAUAGAUGAAAUCAGUAUGGUUGAUCACAACGUGUUGGCUUAUGUGCAUGGUAGGUUGAGGCAGGUGAAGCAGACAGGCGACUUUUCCCCGUUCGGUAAUGUUAGUGUGAUAGCUGUCGGGGACUUCUAUCAGUUGCCUCCUGUUAAAGGGAAGCCUCUGUAUAGUAGUCCUGUUGGUGUGGACCUGUGGUGCAAUUUCAGCAUCGUGGAGCUGAAAAAGAUAGUUAGGCAGAAGGAUAGUGUUUUUGCUGAGUUGCUUAAUAGGUUAAGAGUGCGUUCCAGGGCCACCCCAAUGUUAGAUAGCGAUGUUGAAAUGCUGAAGAUGCGCGAGACCGGCGAGGUGAGCUCAGCCUUGCAUAUCUUUGCGACGAAUAGGCAAGUAAGUGAGCACAACCUAAAUUAUCUGUUUGACUGUUGUCCUGAUUAUGUCACCGUUGAAGCGCAAGACUUCGUGAAUAACAGGACAACAGGGAAUUUGGAACGGAUGCCCGGGCAUCACGGCGUUGCGGCGGACACGUCUUUACCGGAGACUCUGUGUUUAGCGAGGAAUGCGCGAGUGAUGUUGUGUAAGAACGUGGAUGUUGCGGACGGCCUGGUCAAUGGAGCAUGUGGCACAGUUACUCAGUUAGUUUUUGGAGAGGAUUCCACGUUUCCUCUCACCGUGUAUGUUAGAUUUGAUGAUGAGAAUAUUGGUUCAGAUAGGAGAAAAAAACGUGCACAUGCAGCAGUAGAAUGCCUGCAGUCUACUGCCAUUGAUCCAGAGACGGAAAGAGCCACUAAACGCGGCGGUGUGCGUCGUCAGUUUCCUCUUAGGUUAGCGUGGGCUUGCACUGUUCACAAAGUGCAAGGACUCACGGUGGACGAGGCGGUAGUGUCCUUGAAGAGGGUGUUUGCACCGGGGCAGGCAUAUGUAGCGCUUAGUCGUGUUAGUGCCUUGUCUGGACUGAUCAUCAGGGAUUUUACAGAGAAGGUUAUUUACUGCAAGGACGCCAUAAAGGAGGCCUUGGAUAGCAUACCUCCAUUUUUGAUUGAACAGCCAAAGCCUUCAUUAAAUACACACAGUUUCUCUGUGUAUUUAAUGAACGUUCAAAAUUUAAGUCGCCAUUUGGUAGAUUUGGUGUCUUGCACGCAGCAUUUGCAGCUUACCUGUAUUGCUGUGACAGAAACGUGGCUCACUGCACAGUCUUCAUUAGACGGUGUCCAAAUUGAAGGUUACACUUUCAACAACCGUCCUCGAGGCUUGUGUUACAGUAGCAGUAACCCCAAAUUGUUAGAGCUAAAGAACCUAGAACAUGGUGGAGUUGGUUUGUAUAGUGUAGGCAAUUUGGACUGUAACAUUCUGCAGGUGCCCGAUUUGAAUCUGGAGUGUUUGGUGUGCCUGUGUAACAAAUUCAACAUACUGUUGGCAGUAAUAUAUCGUCCACCAUGUUAUCCAAAUUCUUUAUUCAAACAAAAUCUGGGGAGGUUACUUGAUUGGUUACAUCCAAUCAGUAACACAAUUGUAAUAAUGGGGGAUUUCAAUGAGAACAUUUUAAAAACAUCAUCAAUUUCCAAAUUUAUGGGUGAAAAAGGUUUUAGUCAGCAUGUGACACAAGAGACUACAGAGAAGGGGACACUAAUUGAUCAUGUUUAUGUUAAAACAACACGGUAUAAUGUCGAAUGUGCAGUCAUGCCCACGUAUUUUAGUGACCAUGAAGGUGUUUUGUGUAGUUUUACUGUUAAAGAUGAUCAGGGGUGAGUUGUUGACUUGGAGGAGGUAGAGGGCCUCUUCGAGUCAGACUUGGUUUUAGAUGAGGAUUAGGUUGUUGUGUUUGGCAAAGGAGGCAAACAAUGAAUUCACACUACUGAUGUAAAUUCAUUGUUUGAUGAGUCAAACGGAGCUACAUUGCAGUGUCCCGGUGCAAAGGUUAGUGUUGUCGUGUUUGUGUGUUGGCAUAGGUCAGGUUUAUGUGUGGAAAGAGGAAACUGACUUGUAGUGUGGUGUCUUGUUCAUGGUGUGUACAUUGGCUACCACUAUGAAUGUUGUCUUUUUAUAAGUGUAGAGCCUGUCCCACUGUAAUUGUAUAGUUUGUUAUUUAUUGU